UGGCCCCGACCGUGUCCGGAGUGAACACUGGGCCACUCCUGCCUGCCCCAACUGGGGUGAGCAUCCAAGCUCAUGAUGGGAUGUGGGCCAAGGACCUUCAUCCUCCAGCCGUGCCGCCAGUGGCCCCGACCGUGUCCGGAGUGAAUACUGGGCCACCACCACACUGCAACAGUGCAGGUGUCCUGGGCACCUCGCAGACCAGUGGCUCAGCAGGUCACACCUCCAAGUCUCCAAGUGUCUAUGAGAACUUCCGGUUCUGGCAGCAUUUGAAGACCCUGCUCCAGAGAUACCUUCCACACACUCCUGACAUGGAAGUGGUGUCCUGCUUCCUCAUGCCAGUGCUCCGGUCCCUGUCCCGCCGGAAGCCGACCAUGAGUGUGGAGCAGGGCCUGCGGAUAGGCGUGCACGAAUGGGACCACAACAGCAACUACGAGCACAUGAUCUUCUACAAGCUGGCUGAAAAGUUCAAGGAGUUUGAGGUUGCUGAAGAGUUGUUACAUCCCAAGUUUUAGUUGAUCGGGGGACUCCCGGGCUGUCCGACUCCAGCCCCACCCAGGCCCGAACCUCCAAGGCCCCCAAUGCCUGCGGUUGUGCAACAACCAGUGUGCGUCCCCAGGCAGACAGAAUCCAAGGCGCAGGCUGCCUGCCCCCCAACACCCAAAUGCCAGCAGCCACCUGAGACCAAGGCACCUGAUGAGAUCCCUCCUGAAGCUGUGAGGGAAUACAUAGACAUUAUGGACUGGCUGGAAGAGCAUCACCUCCUGUCCAUGCCGGUGUCUAAAGAAAACCAGGAAGAAGAGCAGCAGCAGGAAGAGGAGGAGAUAGUCCCAGAUCUGGAUAUCUCCAGUUACUGUGAUGAGCUUUGUUCCCAAGACGACUUUCUCACCAAGGUGGAGGCCAUUAUCAACCCCCAAUUCCUGGAUGCAGUAGAAUCUCCAGAUGCAGACUUGGAUAUCAUCUUGGCUACAAGACAGGUGCUAGAAGAGGAACAUGAACUUACUGUUGACCAGCUGGUGGAGAAGCGCCUUCUGGGCUCCAAGGAAAAGGGAGGUGUGUGCAGGCCCCAGAGCCGAGGUGCACCCCAAUCUGCUGCCCACCAAGGUGCAGAGCGAGAUGAUCCUGACCGCAAACGAAGGCGCAACAAGGAGACCUGCUCCCCUCCAAAAGCUUCCCAGGUCCUUAAGAGACGCAGGGCCACCAAUGAAGAGCGGCCGGGGCCUGAGGUCCCUGCUGUCCUGCGCAGGAGACACAGCCGUGCCCUGCUGGGAGCCUCUGGUCCCAGUGCUCUUCCCCAGGACCUGGCACCCAGAGGUACUGUGGCCCUCAGAGCGGCCUCUCCUACUGGGGGGCCAGCAUCCUGCCCGGAUGAGGAUGACGAGGACUUCUCCAGCCUUUCCUUCCUCCUGGCCUCCCCUCGCCAGCUGCUGCCCCAGAUCCCAGGCCCUGAGGUGGGCCUCCUCUGCCCUGGAGGUCCAGUACCCCAGGCCUCACUUCCCCAGAGAGGAGGCCUCAUCUCUGACCUCCCUUCAUCUGCCAGGAGCAAGAAACGAGCCCUCUCGGGAGGCUCAGCUCCUGUGGGAAAGUUAUUCUGCCCAGGACCUUCCUGAGAGGUUGCUGCAGGGCAAGAUUUGGCUCAGGGGCAGGUUCCACGCCCAUUGCCUAAGAAGGGGAGGAGUAACAAAGGAGGCUCCCAGAGGAGGAGGAGGAGGAAGACCUGUCCCGCAUAAGGCUGGUGGGCAAAUUCCGGGUGCCCGUACUUCAGGUGGGCGUUGGCAAGAUUUCACCCUGCUCUGCCCUGCACCCCACAA